AUGUCGCAAACUAAAACCCGCGAUGUCUACAUGGUAAUUGGUGGAAAUGGAUUUCUUGGCCGGCAUAUUGUGCAGCAGCUCCUAGACCGCGGCGACAUCGUCUCGGUCUUCGAUAUUGUCGAACGGUAUAAUGACGUUGCCUUUUAUGCUGGAGAUAUUAGCAAUCAGGAGUCCGUGGCUUCUGCCCUGCGCAGUAGCGGAACCACCUGCAUUAUACACACAGCUUCACCACAUGCAACGCUGAACAACCCUGCCCUCUUCCACAAAGUCAAUGUAGAAGGAACCAAAGCCGUGAUUGCUGCCGCCGUGGAAACUAAAGUACGCAAACUCGUAUUCACGAGUUCAGCAGGAGUGGUCUUCAAUGGCGAAGAUAUUAUGGACGCGGACGAACGAUUGCCUUUCCCCGAUGUCCCUAUGGACGCUUACAACGACACAAAAGCGCAAGCAGAGCGCGCCGUGCUAGAAGCUAAUGGUAAAGGUGGUUUAUUGACUGUGGCGUUGAGACCUGCUGGCAUUUUUGGCCCCGGAGACAGGCAGGUUAUGAGUGGACUGUACCAAGUAUACGAACGAGGGCAAACUCAUUUCCAGAUCGGUGACAAUACGAAUCUAUUCGAUUGGACGUAUGUUGGAAAUGUAGCCUACGCUCACCUCCUAGCCGCCGACAAACUCGAAACCCCUCCUCCUGCACCCCCUGUCUCUCAACUCGAAAAGCCUCCUGCAAUUGCAGACGAAGUACCCCCCCUGAACGACGCUGAGAUUGCCAUCUUGGACUACCCUAUUCUUCCCGUUUCCCUCAGCACAGGGCAACACCGAGUACCCACAUGUGAAGCGAGACCGCUAGGGCCGUAUGUCACGCCCCCGCCAAAUGCCGCCAAAAUUGCUGCCGCUUUCGAAGACCCCAACUUUGCGGCAACGCCACGCCCCGUCAUUAGGACUCGUUUUGACCAACUUUCCGACCACGCUCUCAAACGUGCAAAAGUCAACUACCCCGACAUUCACCCCUUACAAGUUGCUGGACAAGUGUUCUUCAUCACUAAUGGCGAGCCUACAUAUUUCUGGGACUUCCCUCGGCUAAUCUGGAACGAACUUGACAAGUAUUUCCCGGAGAAGAGGAAACCGCGGGGGUUGAUCAAGCUGCCCAAAUCCGUGGGUAUAGCUGCUGCAACAGGGUCGGAAUGGUAUGGCUGGCUGACCGGGAAGGACGUCACUUUCACCAAGUUCAAGGUGACGUUCAGCUGUGCAAUGAGGUGGCACAAUAUCGAAAAGGCUAGGAGAAUCUUGGGCUAUGAACCACAGGUAGGAGUCCAAGAAGGAGCCAAACGCAUGGUUGAGUGGUGGUAUGCAGACUACCUCGCCAACCAGAAAAAGUCGAGUUAA